AAAUCUUUGUAUCUUGUCAUGUGUGGACUUUUAAGGCAUUUACGCGAGCAUGGAGUGCACGACAUGAACUUUCUUGAUAAAAACAAUCCCGCAUUUGCUGAAUUUUAUUCUGUACUGGAUAGUAAAAUGAAAAAUCUGCUAGAUCAAGGCCUUGGCACUGACACAAAACAAGCCGAUCCAAUUUCUGGUGAUGACGAAAACAAAUUAUGGGAGUCCGGUGUUUUUGGCUUGAAAGACUCUAAAACUUUGCAGCUGACUGUGUUUUUUUAUGCAUGCAAGUUGUUUGGCUUAAGAGGUCGUGAUGAACACCGUGGUCUUCAAUGUGACCAGUUUGAAAUUGGUGAAGAUAGUGAAGGACGAUUCAUACGAUUCAUUGGCCGAGGAUCUAAAACCUACCAUGGUGGACUAGGCCAGAUGUCUAUAAAUAACAAAGAUAUAAAACACUACUGUACACCAGGUCCACGCUGCAUGGCCACGCAUUUUGAAACGUAUAUAAAUGCCGUAGGUAACGACGGUGAUUUCUACAAGAGGCCUCUUCCUGCUAUGCCUGGAAACUCGAUCCGGUAUGGACAUCAGCCAGUCGGUGUGAACACUCUCACUAAAUUCAUGAAAGAAAUAAGUCAGAGGGGAUCUUUGAAAGGUGUAUAUUCCAAUCAUAGUGGGAAACGAACAUGUGCAACCAGCAUGUACGAAGCUGGUAUAGACGAGCAGGAUAUUAUGGACAGGACAGGUCAUAGAUCUGUUACUGCUGUCAGAAAGUAUAAACGCUUGAACGAUAAAAUCUGUAAAAAGGUGUCCAAUGUACUGGACCCAAAUUCUGACGUCAGCUUAUCCAUGUCGAAAAGGAACGAGCAAAGUGACGAUGACAAAGAAAUUAAUCUUAAAAACUCGCCGUGCCAUAAGAAACAAAAAGUUCGAAAUGCUCUGUCGGAAAUUACAACGAAAUCUGGAGUAGUUAAUUUUAGUGGAUGCACUUUCAAUUUUUAACAUGCUUGAUG